CUGAGCUUCGGGGGAGAGAACUGAACCCGUUGAACCUUCUUAGUUAGAAAAGUUGGAGAUUCCUGGGGAAGCUGGCAUCUAGACCGGAGGCACAGAAACUCAGGGAACUAUACUUCUGUCACAGCGAAAAAUUGCGGCUUCGUCUCUGCUUCUAAAUCCAAUAUUCAGAGUGUUUGGGGAAAUCAUGGCCUUGACCAAGGCUAGGAAGGAACUGAGGCAGGAAGUCACCUGCCACCUGUGCUUGAAGCUGAUGACGGAGCCCAGGAGCAUCAGCUGUGGGCACAUUUAUUGUUGGGAGUGCAUAAUGACGUACACUAAGAAACAAGAAAAGGUGGCAUCAUCAUUCAGCUGUCCCCUGUGUUCUGUUCCAUUUAAAGUGGAGAGUAUCCGCCCAGUGAAACAGUUCAGCAGUCUUAUCGAGAUCAUCAAGGACAUGCAAUGUGAGAAUCUGUGUGAGGAACACGGAGAGCAGCUCCACCUGUUCUGUAAAGACGAUGAACAGGUCAUCUGCUGGCGCUGUGAGCGGACACGGCACAAAGGACACAGCACAGCUCUUGUGGAAGAUGUCCGUCAGAGCUACACAGAAAAGCUCCAGGAAGCUACGGAAAAGCUACUUCUGCUGGUUGAUAACUGGAAGAAUAUAAAGUUGGAUAUAGCAAAACAAAUAACUAGUUGGGAGGGAGAGAAGAUAGAGCUUCAAAAACAGAAAAUCCAGUCUGACUUUACGAAUCUCUAUGAAUUUCUGCGUAUGGAGGAAAAUUCUUAUUUAUGGAGACUAGAGAACGAAAAGGAGUAGACUCUGAGAAAACUGAAGGACAAACAAUCCAAGAUAUUAAAACAGGGUUGUGAUGUCUUGGACUACGUUGUGGAUCUGGAGUAUAAAUGUCAGGGUUCAGCCCAGAAUUUGUUGCAGGAUGUGCGCGGCACCUUAGAAAGGAGUUCAGAUAUGCAGCUCGAAUUACCAGAGGACAUCUCUUUGGAGCCUCGUACAAUGUGUGAUGUUUCUGAAUGCUACCUCAACGUGAGGAAGCGGCUAAAGAGCUAUCAAGUGAGCCUGACUCUGGAUCCACUGACAGCUCAUAAGGAUCUGCUUCUCUCUGAGAACCGGAGACAAGUGACGCUCGGAUGCCCCCAGGAGAAGCAGCAUAGUCCUAAGAGAUUUAGUGUGCUCCCUUGUGUGCUGAGCUCUGAGGGCUUCCUCUCAGGGAGACAUUACUUUGAAGUGGAUGUAGGUGAGGUAACUGAGUGCGAGGUAGGCAUUUGUUCGGAAAAUGUGCCGAGAGGCACUAAUGUACAGUUGAUGCCUCAGUCUGGAGUUUGGGCCAUCACACUACGCAAAGUCAACAGCUAUGUAACCCUUUUCAGUCCAUCAACAUCUCUCCAACUGGAGAGGCAGGUCCGGGUUUUGGGGGUGUUUUUGGACUAUGAGGCAGGACUUGUUUCCUUUUACAUGAAUGAUGGCUCCCACAUCUUCACCUUCCCCAGGACCUCCUUCUCUGGUAUCCUCAAGCCCUUUUUCAGGAUUUUUCAAAAUUCUCCUUUGAUCCUACUCAGGAAGGAGAAAAAGGAAGGAAAAGAAUGAAGUUUCUGUUUUCUUUUAUUUUAAAAUUUUUUUUUAAUGAAUCACCAUGAGAUAGAGUUACAGACUCACAAACUUUCAUGGUUACAUUUGAGUCUUACAAUGAUCGAGUACCCAUCCUUCCACCAGUGCCCUUUCCCCAUCACCAACGUUCCCAGUAUCCCUUCCACCACUCCACUCUUCCCCCCUCCCUUACCCCUCCCUGCCUCUGUGGCAGGCACAUUUCCUUUCACUCUCUCUCCUUUAGGGUGUUAUGGUUUGCAAUCCGGGUACUGAGUGGCCAUCAUGUUCGGUCCAUAGUCUACUUUCAGCACACAUCUCCCAUCUUGAGCGAGCCCUCCAAGCAUCAUUUCCUUGGUGGUCCCUUCUCUAGGAAUGAAGUUUCUUGUGCUUUAUCCAGAAUAGAAAUAUUAUGUAAGUUUUGAGAAGACACUAUUUAGUUUUCUUCAGUGCUUUUUUGGCCUUAACACAAUGCUGCGCUUUGGGUAGCUUUUUUUAACCUGCAAUAAAUGAGUGGAUUAAAAGACUAAAUAAUAUGAGGAGCAUAUGAUGAGCCUGAGCCUUGAGGGAAAGCAAGAUAUUAGCAUUGACCAUGCAUUCUCUUUGCCUUCCACUUCAGUGGAUUCAAAUUUUUAGUUUCCAUGAAUCUUUGAUUGGCAGUGUGACCCAGAGGUGAGGAGAGUUGAGUUCUCUGUAUAUUUUAAACCCUUUUAAUUUCUGUGAGACAUGAAGCAAAGCUGUAGUCUCUCUCCGCUGCAUGCAUGCCAAGAAAAUCUAUAAAUUCUUUUUUUGGCCUUUGGGGUCACACCUGGCAAUGCUCAGAGCUUACUCCUGGCUCUGCACUCAGGAAUUAUUCAUGGCAUUGCUCGAGGAACCAUGUGGGAUGCCGAGGAUCGAACCCGGGUUGGCCAUGUGCAAGGCAAAUGCCUCACCUGCUGGCGCCAUGCGCCAUGCCAAGAAAAUCUAAAUGGGAGUGACCCUUUGAAUCACUGACAUACUGAUUAAAAAUCUGAGCAGCGUUCCUGGGUGGUGAAGUAACUGCAGAUAGCUUGCAGACAGACCAAGGGAGAUUUCUGGGCAAUGACCAGAUGAAGUGGAGGGAAGAUUUAUAAUGGCCCAGAGUGAGAGGCUUCAAGCAGGGAGGAGAGGAAGGGUGAGAAUGAAUUUUGAUGUUUGACUUCCGUACUGGGAAUGGUGAUGUAUUUCAGAUUGCUAGUACUUCUGUUGUUGUUGUUGUUUCCUGGUGCCACACCCAGCUGUGCUCAGGGCUUACUUCUGGCUCUGUGCUCAGGGAUUAGUUCUGGUAAGGCUAAGGGAACAUAGGAGGUACUGGGGAUUGAAUCUGGGUUGGCCAUGUCCAAGACAAGUGCUUUUUCCCUGUACUAUCAUUUCAGCUCCCCCACACUACUAAUCACUGUAUCACUGUCGCUGGCAUCCCAUUGCUCAUUGAUUUGUUCGAGCGGGCACCAAUAACAUCUCCAUUGUUAGACUUGUUCUUACUGUUUUGGGCAUAUUUAAUAUGCCACAGGUAGCUUUUUAGGCUCUCCCAUGGGGCUCUCUGAGAGGGAUGGAGGAAUUGAACCUGGGUUAGUCGCAUGCAAGACAAACACCCUACCCUCUGUGCUAUCACUCCAGCCCUACUAAUUAUCCCAAAUUAAUUUUAAAUCUCAAAGAACAGUUAUUGCUUGCAGGAUUGUUGACAGUCUUUAAUAAGAUUCAGAUACAGUCAACUAAGUUUUCUUUUUUAAUUUAAUUUUAUUGAAUCACCGUGAGAUAGUUACAAGGCCAACUAAGUUUUAAGUGCACUUGAAAUAUACUUUUCAUAUCAACAAAAAGUAAUAUUCCUCAAUUGACUAAAGACAGCAUGAUGCUGAAGUCAGCUAAAAGCCAAAUAAUAUUAAUAGAGAAAAAGAGUGGAGGCCACCAAAUCACUAAAUAGUGUAGUACUUAGGGUCAUUUGCUUGUUGAAAUUGUCAGGGUUUCAAAGAAAUCAAUCUAUACCCUCUGAAUUCUUCAGAGGCCAGACAACUAAUCAAAUAAGCUGAUAAACAUUGUCAGGCAAAGUAAUAAAAGAAGAUUAUUAAUGUUGUAGGCAUUUUGAUAGGGAUAGCCCCUGGUAAUGAGAUUUUCUGAGAAAUAAUAAAACUAAGAAGAAAUUGGGGGCUGGAGUAAUAAUAGCACAGCGGGUAGGGCGUUUGCCUUGCACACGGCCAACCCAGGUUCGAUUCUCAGCAUCCCAUAUGGUCCCCUGAGCACCGCCAAGAGUAAUUCCUGAGUACAAAGCCAGGAGUACAAAACCUGUGCAUCACUGGGUGUGACUCAAAAAGCAAAACAAACAAACAAGCAAAAAACUAAGAAGAAAUUGCCUAGUCACUAGUCCUGAAGUAGACAAAGACAUGAAGAUCAUCUCUCUUUGUGAUAUGACCAAGCUAGUUAGAGAUAGAAAAAAAUAAGAUGACAUCCAGAUGCAGAAACUGAGGCAUCACCCAGCAAAGAAUGAACUCCCUCAGGAAAAAAAGAGAAUCUAAAGAGCAUUUUAAGUAUGUGUCAAAAAUAAAAAA